AUAUGAGGAGGAGGCAACUCCUUGACAAGAUACAUUCAACGUUGGUAGAGGACUUGCUGAUCUCUUCAAGCUUCCUUCCCUCCUCUCCGUCCAGCUGCAACUCUCCGAAGCGCGCUUGGAUCUGUGCGCACUGGUGACGUGGACAUAAUUAGAUUUUUUAAAAUUUAAAAAAAAAAAAAAUUUUGCCGAAGAAGCCAGCGCUCAACAUGCCUCGGUCAUUUCUUGUCAAGAAGUAUUUCUCCAGCAAGAAGCCAUAUUACAGGGAGAGUCAGCUGGAGAGCCAAACCGCUUUUGUCCCUGAAAGCUUUCCUCGGGCUGAACUUCCGACACAGAACAACAGCUCUGCACUGACCUGCCACCCCACCAACCUGUUCUUCUUCAGCGUGGACGCCCUGCCUGCGCCGCCCUCCCCGGUCACCCCAGUGUCUCUGCCUCCAUCACCCCUGGGUCCUCUGGACCUCAGCAGCUCCCCUUCAAGCAGCAGUGGCGAUGAAGAGGAGGAUGGCGGACGCACCUCAGAUCCCCCCAGCCCAGACGUCAUCCAGCACAUCUACUACUGUUUGCACUGCAGCAAGACGUACAGCAGCCUCUCAGCACUGUCCCACCAUCAGAUGUCCCACCACCAGAUCCCCUCCGGUGUCCCGCUGCAGCAGACUCCCUCCUUACCCACAGAGGUCUCGGCACGCCCUGCUUUCCACUGCAAACACUGCCCUAAGGAGUACACCAGCCUGGGAGCCCUCAAGAUGCACAUUCGCUCACACACUCUGCCUUGUGUUUGCCCCACCUGCGGCAAGGCCUUCUCCAGACCGUGGCUGCUCAGGGGCCACAUUCGCACCCAUACAGGUGAGCGCCCCUUUGCGUGUCAACACUGUAACCGGGCCUUUGCUGAUCGCUCCAACCUGCGUGCCCACCUGCAGACCCACUCCGAAGUGAAGAAGUACCAGUGCGGCUCCUGCUCGCGGACUUUCAGCCGCAUGUCCCUGCUGCACAAACACACUGCUUCUGGAUGCUGUCCUGCCUCUUAGACUCACAUUCCCUGGAUGAAUCUCAGUUAAGACUGCUUACUGGCCAAUACACCCAAAGGACAUCUGGAGACUGGUGCCAACUGCAUCUACGAUAUGACUUCUUAAAUGCCUUAAUUUCUUGAUUUUGUAGGUUUAUCAGAUUUGAGGUCAUAUUGGUAUCCACAGCACAUUUUUGUUGCAUCCUGUCAAGUGUGUGUGUAUGUGUGUGUGAUUUGAGGGCAGCUGGACAUGCAGUUAAUUCCCAGGAAACUCCAUUGGUGCCGGCCGGUCCGGGACUUUGGCAAUGUUGCAGCUGCUGGGGUGUGUUUGUGUGUCUGUGUAUGUGGAGAUGUCAUUCCUCACCAUACUAUACAUACAUGACAUGUGUGUGUGUAUGAGCAAGUGUGAGUGUUGAGACAGCUGUCUGUAUGGUGCACUGUGGAGGCAGGGCGCUGAGAGACGUGUUAGCUGUGACCUCCACGACAGGUGACAGCCUCGUCGCCCCCUUCAUGCCACAAACAGUUUCGGCAGUCGAUGUGUAUUAUAGGACGAGAAAUUACCACUUGAGCUUGACCAAAAAACAAAGCACAACUUGCCUUCACCAAUCGUGUCGUUUCUACAGCCUAAAUGACAUUUCUUUAGACACGUUUUUUGAAAAAUGUUUUUGGUAUACAAAUUUUAUGAAACAUUUUGUUAAACAUGUAUAUUUCCAAUGGUGAUUCUGUGCCUUUUUAAGGGUUGUGUAUUUUCCUCUGCCACAUGUAAAUAAAAGCAUUGUUUUUCUUAAAAAUA